GUGACAGAGGAGCAAGCCUUGGAUGACGAUUGGGAUAUGAUUCCGACCCUGACUGCCUUUGCAAAGACACGUGAGUUUUGCCAAACUCUGGAGUCUCAUCGCACUCAGCUCGAACAUCUCAUUUCUCGCCAUCUGGGCAUUCCGCCGGCUGAAUUUGUGCUGCUGAGCCAGGAAAAUUGGGUGUGGGGCUCAUUCAACCUCUGUUUGCCCAUUGACAUCAAGAGUACUCGUCGAACAUCAACCCUUCCUCGGCAAGCCAUUCUCCGAUUUCCACUGCCCUUCAGAUGUGGUGAGGAGUUCAGCCCUGGCAAUGUGGAAGAAAAGCUCAGAUGCGAGGCCGGCACGUACAUCUGGCUCCAGAAGUACUGCCCUACGAUCCCUGUUCCUCGCUUGCUUGCUGUCGGGUUUCCUGCCGCAGAGUCGUACACAGCUAUCGAGCAUGAGUCUCUGUGGCACCAACUAGUCUGGCAGUUUCAGCGCUGUUGGAUGUGGUUCCGAGGCGACGCUCUGGUGCCCUAUUUUCGCCAUGAAAGAAGAGACAGCCUUUCUGACCUCGGAUACCUGCUUUUGGAAUAUGUUAUGGAUGGCGACCCAUUGUCUUCGACCUGGCAACAGCACCGUGAAGAUCGAGCUCGUCGUGAUAACCUAUAUCGCGGCCUCUCCAACAUUCUCCUUGACCUUGCGAAUGUUCCACUUCCUCGGAUUGGCUCUUGGAGACUCGAAAGACGCGGGACCAUCUCCUUGACAAAUCGCCCGCUUCUGGAUCUCACGAUGCUCUGGAACAGGCAUAAGAUUCCGACUGGCAUACCUCGGGACUUGACAUAUAGCUCUGCAGAGCCCUUCGUCUCAGACAUGCUGGCUUACCAAGACCAUCGAUUACGCUUCCAGCCCAACUCUAUCCUCGGGAGACCGGACGGUGUUUUCCAACUUUCGGCAUUGGUGGCGCUCAGAGCUCUGCUUCCCGUCUUUUGGAAGCAAGAUGUACGAGAUGAUGCCUUCGUCCUCACGUUGCCCGACUUGCAUCAGAGCAAUAUUUUCGUCGACGACGACUGGAAUAUCGUAGGCGUCAUCGAUCUGGAAUUUGCACCAGUUCAGCCACAACAGAUGGUGAAUGUUCCACACUGGCUGAGUAACAAAAGCAUCGAUGAGCUUGUCGGACCUGCUCUCGAAGAAUACAAAGGACUCUACGAUGCCUUUGUUGACAUUUUCGAAGAGGAGGAAGCAGCCCGGAAAGUUGACCAUCGUAUAAGCAGACGAUUCCGAGAGGACUGGCAGACAGGGAAAAUAUGGUACAACGACGCGUUGCGCAGUAGCAACGGCUUCCCACUCAUUUUUGAACACAACAUCCAACCACGCUUCUUCGCCAAGUUCGACCCUGAUGUCGAGGGUGAGUCACUUCUGAAGCUGUGGGGCGAGAACUAUGAGGAAUUCAUCGCUGCAAAGAUCCAAGACAAACAUCGAUACGACGAGGACAUUCGUGCCAUAUUCGCUGCACCGAGGUCGCCAGCGUAGCUUCAAUCGUCAAGCAGUGGUCGACAUGCAAAACAACAUACUCUUGGAAGUGCAGGACCUGACCCUGCCUCAAGACUGGCUAGGUUGCCAUGAGAUAGACAAUCGAUGGAGCAUGCCGUGAGUUUGCUUUUGCUGGUUGCAUUAACCUAGAUGUGAUUUCUUUCUUUGGAUGAUCAGCAAAUGCUUGAGAAAUUGGACAGUCAGGUAAGCUGCAAAAUACCUACCUAGGUACACGUCCGCAGUUCGAAGCAAAAAAAAGGGUUUGACCACAGGAGCAAGAUCGAAUACUGCACAGUCAGUCAGUCAGUCAGCAUGAGCGAGAAAAACAGGAAAAACUGGCUUCCUGAGCUACGUACUGGGUGAUAUU